AUGUACUUUUCCGCCUCCUUUGAAGAGCUCCAAAACAGGAAGAUGGCGCAUUGGUUUCACAGAAAUCCUCUAAAAGCCACUGCUCCCGCUAGUUUUGACCUCAGAUUAGUGGCUACUAACGCAGCGUCCCAGAAGAUAUGUAGCGAAGCACGACAAGCUAGACAGAGGCUGCUUGAAGUGAUAUCUGACCCUAACAAUGAAGUCGCUACCUUGGAGACUGCCGUCAACAACUACCUGGCCCUGCUUCAUGGCUUCAUGGUUUCACUUGACGAUGACAAAUCUGGCGACAGCAAGAUGAGAAUGAUCUUCAAAUUUAAAUGGACUAACACAUUAUGUGGAAAUAUGCCCCAGGAGCAGCAAGAUACAGUGUUUGAGCUGAUAUGUAUGGGGCUUAACAUCGCCUUGUGGUACACCAAACAUGCAGCUAAGAUAGCAGGAAAAGAAGAGCCAGCUAUGGAAGAAGCAAAGGAAGUUCAUAAAUGUUUGCGUAAAGCUGCUGGCAUCUUUCAGAACAUUCAGGAUUCCCAAGUUGGCAGACUAGUGGAGCAGCCAGAAAAAGGCACAGACAUGGAUAGUAGAGUACUGAAUGCUUACAUCCAUCAAUCUACAGCAGAGGCCCAAGAGGUCACUUUGGCCAGAGCCAUUGAACUGAAACACUCUUCUAGUCUCGUAUCUGCCCUUGCUUACGAAACAUCGAAAAUGUUCAUAAACUCAGAUGAUAGUUUAGCGUCAUUAGAAGAAAAGGAUGUUGGGAAAUGGCGGAAGUAUCUCCAGUUGAAGAGCUCUUUCUACCAUGCUUAUGCAUAUUCCUACCAUGGAGAAACGCUUUUGGCAGAAGACAAAUGUGGGGAAGCUAUCCGCUGUCUCCAAGAGAGUGUAAAAUAUUUCGAUAAGGCCACCACUCUUAGCAAGGACUACUCGUCAACAAAAGGCCCAGGGACUACAUGCAAACCCCAAGAACAUGCGUUCUACAAAAAUCUUGGAACACAUCUUAAGAGAACUUUGGAGAAGUGUGAACGAGAGAAUGGUUUCAUAUAUCACCAGAAAGUUCCCCCAGAGGCCCCUGAGCUUGAAUUGAAGGCCACGUAUGGAUUAGUGAAGCCAGAGGAGUUUGAAAUCCCAGCCCCAAGCCCCCUGUGGAGUAAGGCGGUGUAUGGAGCAUUUGAUAUUACAAAAAAUACACAGCCAGAUGACAAGAAAAAGAAUGAUGACAAGAAGAAAGAUGGCGAAGAGUUGCCACCAGUGAAGGAAGCUGAUAUCCCACAGUCUAACAAGGAUCCUAAAACAUUCAGUGGAUGUAGCAUCUCAUAGGAUUUGAUUCUCCAUUUACUAUUUAUAUACUAUUAUAUACAAUGUAUCUCUAUUCAAUUGUACAGAAAAAUCACAUAGAGGAUUUCCCAUAGAAUAUCCAGAGAGGAUUUAAGUUUUAUUUAAGAGCAUAGAAUGUUGAAGCCAUGCAUGGUUUGUUGGACUCAUGCAUUGUUUGUUGGACCCGUAGAUGGUUUGUUGGAUUCACGCAUGGUUUGUUACUAUCGUGCUUAUGUGUUACCUGAAUCCCUGCUUUGUUGUAAUGAAGCUGUAGGCAAGCAAACUCAUUGACACCAGUGUCAUUUGGUGUCAUUGCUUUGUCUUGACAAUGACUUUGUGUCCUGUCCAUGCAAUAUUAUUUCUAGCAAUGCAUUAUUGAGUAUAAAUGCACAGCAAUUAAGCAAUUGUGAUUAAAUGAAAAAACGAUGUUAUAUCCGAAUAGGACUACAGUGUAGUUCUUAUAUACCAUGUUCCUUUAUAGUAUUUCUUCACUUUUCUCUAUUAAAUACACAAUAUUUGACAAGGCUGACAUCUAUUUAUUGCUAAAUAUGAGACUGUUAUCAACUCUCACAGCCAUCAGUACAAUACUGUUGGGUCUAGUGUUCAGGCCAGUAGCCAGGAUUUGCCAAGGGGG